AUGCCCGGGUUCGAAGGUAGGCCAGACGGCGCCGAUGCGCCCAAAGACUGGCGCGAAGAGACUACACAUCUCCCAUCCUUCUACUCCCCGAAAACGAAGCCCCUCGACGGCCCGGCCGACCAUGCCGAGGCCGCCGCGAACCCCGAGCCUCAACAAUUGGACCUGUCCGACCCCGCCGCACCCGUGAGGGCCGAAGACGAUGCCGCCUCAACAACCUCAGCUAGCCAGAUCCCGCCGCCCUCCCUGCUGUCGCCAGCCUUCACGCCGCCCGCGACCCCCGGCACAUCGACGCCUCUCAACGGCGAGGCCCCGCGCGGCGUUCCCGUUGACAGCUCCGUGCCCUCCGGCGGCUGCGGCACCAAGCGACCCCGCCUCCUCGAGACCCUGCCCGAGGUGCAAUGCAUCGUGCGAGCGCGCAUCCCCACUGUCAACGGCACCGAGAUGUUCCUGCACCUCUACCAGAACAACGUCGACAACAAGGAGCACCUGGCCAUCGUCUUCGGUCCGCAUAUCCGGAGCAAGUCGCUCGACGCGCCGCGCCCGGGCGAGACGGAGAUGGACCGCAUGAUCCGCGGCGCGUACACGGGGCGUCUGUUCCCUGGACGGUCGACGAGUGGUAUGCCCGGCGGCGUUGCCACCCCCGUCGGCGAGGAGCCGCCUGCGCAGCGCGGCCCGGCGCUCGUGCGCAUCCACUCCGAGUGCUAUACCGGCGAGACCGCCUGGUCUGCGCGGUGCGACUGCGGCGAGCAGCUGGACGAGGCGGCCAGGCUGAUGAGUCUGCCCGGCAACACCAAUGGCGGCAUCAUCAUCUACCUGCGCCAGGAAGGCCGCGGCAUCGGCCUCGGCGAGAAGCUGAAAGCGUACAACCUGCAGGACCUCGGCUCAGAUACGGUCGAGGCCAACUUGCUCCUGCGCCACCCUGCGGACGCUCGCAGUUACGGUCUCGCGACGUCGAUGCUUUUGGACCUGGACCAGCACGAGGUGCGCCUGCUCACAAACAACCCCGACAAGAUCCGGGCGGUGGAGGGCCCGAACCGUGAGGUCAGAGUGACGGAGCGCGUGGCCAUGGUGCCGCUGUCUUGGAAGGGCAGGGGCGGAUUCAGGAGCAACGAGGUCGAAGGGUACCUCAAGACAAAGAUUGAAAAGAUGGGACAUAUGCUUGACAUGGGCGGCAUGCCGUCAUGA